AACUGCACUGCACUACUACCAGUGAUCGACCUGACACCAGUCGCCAAAAAAUUGCCCUCUUGAGCCAACUUUGGAUUCACCUAUCGACACCAUUAGCAGACUAAAAGAAGAAAAUAAGGAGUGCAUUCUGAGAUCAUUACCAGUGUCAGUGGAGCAUACCGUAGCAUCAAGCAUCGUGCAACGGUGAAUUCUGAAAUGGAAAUGCUGUCAAUUGCUUGCUUCCAUUCUCCAAAGUACGACGGUGAAAUCGGUCUUGCUGCUAGCAUGAUCACAGAAGAGACGCCUGCUGUGUUCAAGAAGGUGACUAUAAGAGAGUUCUACAAUGGCCUCUUCUCCCGCCAGCUUGACAGCAAGGCUUACAUCGACACAUUGAAAAUCCAACAGAAAGAGAAC